AUGGCUUCCUUGAAUGUUACAUGUAACCAAAGGGAGCGGCAAUCACUGCUUGUUUUCAGACAAGGCCUCACGGACAAAUCAAAUCGUCUGUCAACAUGGAUCGGAGUAGAAUGUUGUGAGUGGCAGGGAGUUGGGUGUGACAUGAGAAAUGGUAAUGUUGUUAAACUUGAUCUUCGAUCUCCAUUGUCUUUUAACGACGACGAUACUUUAAACACAAGCAACUGGCUUAGAAGUAUGGUAAGUCCUUCCUUACUCAACUUGAAGCAUUUGAGUUACUUGGACCUGAGCAUGAACAAUUUCUCGGGACAAAAUAUUCCUGAAUUCUUUGGGUCAUUCAAGUAUUUGGAAUACCUUAACCUCUCUAACUCAGGUUUUAGUGGUGUAGUCCCUCCUCAUCUAGGAAAUCUCUCAAGGUUACAAUAUCUUGAUCUUAAUCUUGUAGAUAGGUACAACAUGUUUUCUCUCCCUUAUGACGUUCCUUUGAUGGUCAAGGAUGAUCUGCGGUGGGUGUCUUUGUUGUCGUCGUUAAAGCACUUGGAUUUGUCAGGGAUAACAAUCGGUAACCAUAUUGACUGGUUCAAUCCUAUUAACAUGUUACCUUCUUUGUUUACACUGAACUUGGCAAGGUGUGAUAUCAAUAUCCCCUCCAUAAAAUUCAUCAAUUUCACUUCUCUUAAUUCACUCGAUCUCUAUGGAAACAACAUAACUUCGAUGAUUCCUGUUUGGUUAUCAAACCUUACGGGCCUCAUGCAUCUAACACUUAAAGAAAACAACUUCCAUGGCCGAAUACCUGUAUCUAUUGGAACCUUGAGCUCUCUCUCUUCUAUCGACCUUUCAUUAAAUCAUUUGUCAGGUCCAAUACCUCCCUCACUUGGUGGACUAUCAUCUCUAAGAGAGCUCUAUCUUGAGGAAAAUCAAUUGAGUGGGAGCAUACCCGAAAGCAUUGGACAACUAACGAGGCUACAAGUGCUUUGGCUUACAGGUAAUCAAUUGAAUGAGAGCAUACCCGAAAGCAUUGGACUACUCACGAGGCUUGAAAGACUCUCUCUUGCAGAUAAUCAAUUGAGUGGGAGCAUACCUGAAAGCAUUGGACUACUCACGAGGCUACAAGUGCUUGGUCUUUCUUUUAAUCAAUUAAGUGGAAGCAUUCCCACUAGUCUUGGUCAGCUUUCAACCCUCCGAAACCUUAUUCUGAGGGGUAAUCAAUUGAGUGGGGUUGUUUCUGAAAUUUACUUCACCAAACUCAACAAUCUAAAUGGGUUGUCCUUGUCUGAUAAUCCAUUCACAUUGAAUGUCAGCCCUCAUUGGAUUCCUCCCUUCCAAUUAAAGUAUUUUAGUGCAAGCUCCUGCAACAUCGGGCCCCAAUUUCCGAGUUUGAUUCAGACAUCAACACAUCUUGAAUGGUUAAUUCUUUCAAAUUCGAGUAUUAGAGAUAGCAUACCAGAAUGGUUUGAAAACAUCUCCUCUCAUCUUCAGAUAUUGGAUUUGUCCCACAAUCAGAUCGGUGGAAAACUGCCACGAAUAAGGAACAGAUCACCAAACCCAUAUUCAGGUAUACAAUUACAAGAUGAUAACUUUUUAUUUUUGCUACAUGUCUUGCUCAGUUUGUUGUCUAUCUCUAGAUCUGAGAACUUAGACCGGUCCUUCUCUUUCAGCUUAGCCGUCGAGACAAUUUUUCAAGGAUAA